UGUCGUGCUAUAAAAUAACAGAGCGGGGUACUCUAACAUGAUCAAAAACGUUUACAUUGGCAUUUGCUUCUCUGCAGGAACAUUCCGAGGAGUUUGCAAAGACAUCGAUCACUUUGCAGAAGAUGCGGACUACGAGCAGGAUGCCGCAGAAUAUUUGCUGCGGGCGGUGCGAGCAUCCAGCCUCUUCCCCAUCCUCAGUGUGGGAUUGCUAUUCCUUGGAGGUGUGUGCGUGGCAGCCAGCGAGUUCUACAAGUCACGCUACAACGUCAUCCUGACGGCAGGCAUUCUCUUCGUAUCUGCAGGUUUGAGCAACAUCAUUGGCAUCAUUGUGUACAUAUCGGCCAACUCCGGAGACCCCAGCCAGAGCGACAACAAGAAGAGCUAUUCGUAUGGCUGGUCCUUCUACUUCGGGGCGCUGUCUUUCGUCCUGGCCGAGAUGGUGGGCGUGCUGGCGGUUCACGUGUUCAUCGAGAAGCACCGGCAGCUCCGUACCAACGGCCGGCCCUCUUUGCUCAAACCGCCCGUCUCGCGCGGCUCGUCCAACUACCGCAACCGCUACUACAACAACUGUCCCCGCAGGCACAGCAGCAGGAGCAACCACAGCGGCACCGCCGACUCGGCCCCCGACUCCCUGCGAGCGUCCCUGGUGCGAGAGGCGUCGCUCUCAUCAGGCGCCAAGGUGGCCGCCUUACCGGGGUUGCCCGCUCCGGUCGUGUCGGAGUUAAUGCUCUACGCCCUGAAGGACGCGGACGUGAUGUUGGACAGUCUACGGGCCGCGCCUCAGGACGCAGACGACUUGCUGGCUGGAAACUGUGCAGCCAAUCGGAGAACCACUCCGGUCUGAUAAGAAACUUGACAGGACAAUGUCAUCUUAAUCCAAUUCAUGAUUAAGAUUGAUUCCUGACAAUGUGUCUGCAUUCGUGUAGCAAAAGAGUAAGAGUUCAGCAAAAACAAAACCUCUUCUUACUGCCCUCCUCUAACCAUAUACAGUAAUGCGUGGCUUUAAAAAUGAAUUUGGGUCACAUCAUUUUGCGUCGUACUCCUUUCACAAAUGGUUAAAGUUACCAUUUCAGAGAACCUUUUUCAUUUCGGUACCCCUCACCACAUUGCCUCUGGACAUUCAAUGCUUGGGGAGUGUGUAGAGGCUGAGACGAGAGCGCGUGUUUUCCUGUAAACGUGAGAGAGGGGAGGGGGGGCUUCUCAGAAAGAAUGUGAUAAGGGAAGCUGGAGCUCUGCCAGCCGGUGUGAAAGCACUUGAAAUUCCAGAGUAAAAAUAGGAUUAGCAUUGUAAGGCUUGAUACGUGUGUGUGUGUGUGUGUGUGUGC